UUUUAUUGUCGCUAUCCAACAUUAAUAAUUAUUAUAAAUUAUAAGCUCUUUAAUUAUAUCGUUACUGACAAAAAUGUAACAAGUAAAUGUUUUUACUCUUAAACACAGCCUGUACUAAUCUUGACCGAUGCCCAAUCGCAAGUUGCAAAACUCGAUUCGAAGAAGAUGACAUUGGUUGCCCGAUAUGCGCAUGCGUACCCUUUCCAAUAGAGAAUGUGUCCACUUCCAAAACUACGGUACCAGUUGUCGACCUGGACGUUACGCCACCGGAAUCUUCUCAAAUGGGAACCGUGGAAACCAGUUUAUCUUCCAUUAUGACGACAGUGCUCGAGUCUCAGAUCGAUACUCCAAGUCCAAGUACUGCAGACUCUGAUUUGGCCGGUGAUAGCAUUCGAGCUGAUCCCGACAACGACGAAGAUCGAAACCCAAAAUACCAGAGUUUUAUUCCAGAUGUUCCGAAGAACUACACAAUACCGAAUCCUUGAUAACAGAAAUAUUUGCUGCGUUCUUUCUGAAAUUUUGUAUACAAUAAUGUCAAAGCUUAAGGGAUAUUACUCCAUACAUUUUAAUUAUUAAUAGGAGGAGUAAUUUUAUCAUAACCAUCAGCCAUAAAUAUAUGGUUCGUAAUGACUGUGUGUUUUGUGGUUUGAACGCGAAAUCAUCGUCAUCCCAUUAUCAUUAUCAACAUUACAUCUUUAUCAUCAUCGUCCUCAUCAUCAUCACCAUCCUCUUCCUCUUUGUCGUACUCAUUGUUCCUAACCUAGUCAUUCAAUUCAACUCACAGUCAUCUAUCUAUGUACUUCCUGAUCUACCUCUACAACUCCUUCUUUUAAUAUUAAAAUGUUCCCUCAAGUAGCAAAGGUGACAAUUGUAAAUAGUAAUAACAAUUAAUUGUGUGAAUAAAAAGGUAAUAUUUAUAUUUGAUUAGUACUUAAUAAUAAUUAGUACAAUAACAUAUUAAUAAUAUUUAUAAUAGCAAUAAUAUCAAUAAUUUAUAUAACUUACGUGUCUAAAAUUCCAAAUAAAAUCAAGAUUAAAGGCGCUUGUACCAUGUAAAGAUACCAAUUUAGAUACAUUUUAAGUAAGAGAUGCUACUGUACCGUGUGGUACAUUAUGUGUUGUAGUAAAUUUACAUAAUUGUUUCAGGGAUUAAACUACAGGCUUUAGAUAGCAAGUGGUUUUAUUGCAAUUUGGUACUAUAACAAAUGUAAUUAUCUAAUUUGUGUAGGAAAAAAUGUUUAAAUUUGUAAUUGCAAUGUUUACAGCUUUCAAAUGUUCCUCAUUAAGGUAGAAAAAUUGACGAUCCAUUUCUAUUCCUUACAAAGGUCUGACAUGGUAUUAACACUAGUUUUAAUUAAUAGUGUUUAUAAGAAAAUAUUCUCAUCUGAUAGAUAAAUGGUCCUUACUGAGCAGAUAUUUAAGAUUAAGAUACACGCACAUUUCAUAUUAAAGUUGUUUAAUUUCUUUCUUCAU